AUGGAAGAUGAGAUGCUUGAUGCAUCAUGUCGUUGUUUUGUACUUAGUGGAGAUCAAGAUGAGAUAGUUGGCUUUCUUACUCUCAAAGAUGAAGGAAACAACUCGAUCUAUAUUGCCCAAUGCGCUAUUCGAGCUGAUAUCAAGAGAAAAGGUUAUGGAACUCAACUACUUCUUCAUCUGCGUACCAUCUAUCCACCUGGUACUCAUUAUUGGGGUCUUUGUCGGCGAGCAAACCGACCAGCUGUUCAGUUCUACAUUCGACAAGGAGCGAAAUAUAUCAAGGACGACGAUGUGGCCAACAAAUAUGGUUAUGAUCCAAAUUUAUAUACAGGUUUUGAGUUCGACGAUCCAACACCCAUCGCUUCUAACAGUGAGAACAAUAUACCACCAUCCGAACCAAUGGAUCGUUCAGUUAAUGCUAGCUUGAAACCUUCCGAUCCUUCUCAGUAA